AUGAAGAUUCAUAAAGAUCAUAAAGACUUCUCAGAUGAAGAGUUUGAAAAUCUUAAACAAGCAGUUAUAAAAGAAGGACAUACUUCAUUCAAAGCUAUUGCUAUAUCAAGUGAUCAACUUGAUACUAUCAUCAGUCCAUGUGGUAUAUGUAGACAAUUCAUUCGAGAGUUUACUCAAGAUAUUCCAAUUUAUAUGUUUGGCAAUGAUAAUGAUGACAAAUUUAUUAAAGUUUAUUUACUGGAUUUAUUACCAUUAAGUUUUGGACCUGAAAAUCUUCUUCAUAGUUAG